CAGUCACUCAGACCAGUAUAGUAGAAUUCUUUGACUUAAUAACAUAAUGUUUUCAUUAUUUCGAUGUGUUGUUCUGAUUUUCUUAACGUAUUUUUUCAUAAUUAAUAACGUCGUCAAUGCGCAACGAGCACAACGCGGACAGAGAUUACGUUUAUGUUCAAUAGUUAGUGUUCCAAAUUCUGUAGUGCGCUUUAAGCAUAAUUAUAAAAUUAUGCGUAUAAGUUGUGUGUCAGGAUUUACUUUGCAAGGAAGUAAUAUUGUCGGUUGUGAAAACGGCAAAUGGAAUGCAGAAAUUUCAGUUUGUACAAAAGAAGGGUGUCCAAAACCUGAAGCAAUACAGAAUGGGUUAGUAAUGCCAACUCGUUAUAAGGCCAAUCUUUAUUGCAAAGAUAAUUACAAAUUAAUUGGUGGUAGAGUCACCUAUUGCAAUGGCACACAUUGGGAUCGCCCUUUGGGCAGAUGUAAGGAAAUAAGCAAUCAAAUUCAAUUAGCAUGUGAUUUCGAAUCAGACGAUUUGUGCGGUUGGUCCCAUGACGAAACGCACAAUUUCGAUUGGAAGCGUGUAAUGGCAGCAAAUUUAUUUCAACAGCUUCGAACUGGACCGCAACACGAUCAUACAACAUUCACAGCUAAUUCGGGGCAUUAUAUGUUGAUGGAAAGUUUCGAUCAGCUGCCACAUACGAAUGCACGCUUAAUUUCUCCAGUUUACUCAAAAGCCAUAACAAAUAAUUACGGAUGUUUUCAAUUUUUCUACUUUAUGUAUGGAGCAGCAGUUGAGAGCUUAAAUAUUUACGUUAAGCCCGUAUCGGUGGAUAUGGAACAAAUGUUGCAGGAACCUGGAUUCAAGCACUUUAGUAUAACAGGAAAUCAAAAAAAUGUUUGGAAAGAAGGCCUUUUUAUUAUAAAACAAACAACAGAAAAUUUCCAAAUUGUUAUAGAAGGCACAGCUGGAAUAAAUCAUUUAAGUGAUAUAGCCAUCGACGAUGUAAAACUAAUGGAACAUUCCGAAUGCGUGGCACUUUCUUCAGAUGGAGUAACAAAAUCUCCCGAGUUUACAGAUUAUGCCAUUUUCGAUGUACAAUCAUGUGAAGGACGUUGCAAUGAAACUACCUCAUCGAAUUACGGUUUAACAAAUAUAAAAGGAGUAUUUUAUAAGUCUUGUGAUUGCCAUGAAGAUUGUGAAAAUCUUAAUACUUGCUGUCCCAACUAUCGAUCAAUCUGCGAAUUUGGUAAUAAUGCUGAACAAACAACAACUGAAAUAUCAGGGCCUGCAACAUUUAUUCAAUCUUCUUCAUCAACCAUUCCUCGAACUAAAACUACUUCUGCAACAACAACAACUUCUACUCCCAUUACUACAACAACUACUACAACAACUACUUCUUCUACUACUAAUACUCCUUCUACUUCCACUAUCACAGCUGUCAAUUUCACCAUUAAUUCUUUCAGUACUAAAACUUCUACAAUUCCAAUUGUAAAAAUGUUUACAAUUAUUAAUAGCGAUAAAUAUAGUAAACUUUCGACACAACAUAAAAUAGAAAUACCGGAAGCGAAAACAACAUUAACGACAGCGCCGAUUACAGUUGAAAUAGUCACUGAAAUGCAACAAACAGUUCCAGCCUUGAGUUCAACAACAUCAAGGACAACAACGUUUAAUGACAAUAAUGAAUUGUUUAUUUCAUCGUCUCCAGCUAAACCUAAGUUAUCGUUUCCUAGAAGCCCAGAAUCAAUGGCGAAUACAACAACGGAAAACAUUUUAUUAUUACGGAAAAACAAACUUAUAAUUUGGAAUAUACCAAAAUACAAGCCCAUCAAACAAAAUGGCAGUGGUUCCAGUUUAGGAAUAUUACAUUUGACUUUGAUCAUAGUUACUAUCUUAAUUGUUAUACUGGCAAUCAAACAUCACAAGCUGAUCAAAAGAUUCAAACAACGUCAUCUUGAUCGAUUUCUAAAAGAAGACAACGAAGAUGCAACAGUGUUAAUUUAUAAUCAAAACAAUGAAUUAUAAUUAAAGAGAUCUGAUAUGAAACAAAUAAAUUAUUUCAUGCAUUUGUGAAAUAAAUGCGAAAUAAACAAUUUU